UGGUAUGGCCAGAAGCCGGAGGGAGUGGUAGAAAGUGAAAACUUCAAGAUACUGUGGAAUUUUACAGUCCAGUGUGACCGGAAAAUUGAGGCAAGAAGACCAGACGUUGUCUUUAUUGAUAAGAAGAAGAGACAGGUUGUCAUAAUUGAUGUUGCAAUCCUAGGUGAUGACAGGGUGAAAGAUAAGGAACUUGAGAAGUUAGAGAAAUACCAACUGUUGAAAGAUGAAAUUGCAAAAGUCUGGCGCAUGCGAAAAGUCAUCGUUGUGCCUGUUGUUAUUGGGGCCCUUGGAGCGGUAUCAGUCAACUUUAAAGGAGUACGUGAGGCAAAUCGGCGUGAACGUGAGGUUGGAAGUUGUUCAGAAAACAGCAUUGUUGGGCUCAGCAAAGAUACUAAGGAAAGUACUGUCCCUGUAA